UCUCGCUCAUUUCUUCCACGAUUUUUGAUGUCAAUUUCGAGUACAUUCUAUAUAAUGCAAUUACAUAUAUUUUUAGCCGUUCUUUCGUACUUUACGUCGGAUUUUGUGGUUUUUUCCGAGUCGACAAAAGAUGCAAAUGGUGUUGAAUUAACACCGACCUCCAAAAUAUUGACCAAUGAAUAUAAUUCUCCGCAAGAAUCCUGGGAUGUGAAUAAUGGAAUGAAGUCAUUAUGGAUAUAUCGACCGCCAAUGAUACAACCACAUCAAAGUGACGAUGAACAACAGUCGCAUCAUGUCGUCCUAAAACCACCCCAUAUGGUUACGAGGCUCGCGAAACCGCUCACAUUUGGUUUUGAUCCGUAUUUUAAUAAGGGAUAUUUCGAGCCCUUUGAAAGACGUCAAAAACCUGUGUCUCUAGUAGCCUUUAGAAAAAAUGGAAUUCAGCCUAGAGAAAGGGCAGUUCCUAGCGAUCAAGUCGAAUCAGCUGAAGUGGCGGAAUUGCAAUCUGCAUUCAACGAUAUUAGUAAUUUAUGGCACGACCAACAAUACAACAUAAGAGAUGUAUAGAGCCCUAUAAGAUAUUUAUUAAAUAAGUCACUUUAAAUAUAUAAUUAUUAAAAUUAAACUUGUGUCUUUAUUUAGUUUAGUAACAUCUUAUUCAGUAAAAG